AUGGCGCCCGUAUCGCUAGAAGACAACGUGCCUUCAAAGGCAAGAGAGUUGACAACUCGUAUCGUUCCCGCCAUCGAGGAAGAGCGGAAAACGACGUGGCGGCAUUUCUUCUGGGAUGCGUGGGACAAGACGCCCGAAGAGAGAAGGCUGAUUUUCAAGAUGGACAUCACUCUAAUGACCUUUGGAUGUCUUGGAACGUUUAUCAAAUCCAACUUGAACACGGCGUUUGUGUCUGGAAUGAAAGAGGAAAUGUCACUUUACGGGAAUGAACUCAAUUACGCCAACACCGCGUACAGUGUUGCGAACAUCAUAGGACUGUGGCCUGUCAGCAUUGCCCUGACUCGUUCGACCCCGAGAUACUUCAUACCACUCAUGGAAACAGGAUGGACCAUAUGCACUCUGGGUCAAGCCUUCAUGCGUACUCCGCUGCAAAUUGGUCAUUGGUCCUCAAUCAUCUACCUAUGCGGUGCAUGGUAUCAGAAACGAGAACUAUCCCGCAGAAUCGCAAUCAUGAACUGUGCCACAUCAAUCGGCCCCAUGUUUAGUUCGUACCUCCAAGCGGCGGCAUACACGGGACUGAAUGGUGUUCACGGCCUCUCAGGCUGGAGAUGGCUUUUUAUUAUUGACACCGUCAUUUCCGUCGGAAUCAUCAUCCCGCAAUUCUUCUUCUACCCGGAUGUCCCGGCGAGACAGCAGCCAAGCAUUGUCUUCAGCGAAGCCGAGAUAGAGCUCGCUCGAGGCCGCAACCCAAAGGAAGGCCGCGUCAAACAGGGAGCCUUUACCUGGGCCCAAGCCAAGCGCUGCGUCACGACCCCGGAUAUUUUCCUUUUGUGGCUGAUUUCUGUUUGCGACUCCGUCGCUCAUUUGCCCUCCGACUCCAUGGCGUUCUGGUUCAAGGCCUGGAACACCAUCAAACCGGGCUCCUAUACCGUCACACAGAUAAACAACUACACCACUCCUCUCGGAGGCGUGACCGUGAUCCUCACGCUGGUAUUUGCCUGGUCCAGUGACACUUGGUUGAAGGGCCGUCGCUGGCCAAUGUUGGUGGUCGGCGGUGUGGUCACCGGCAUAGUUUGCAUUCUACUGGCCGCCACGCCCGUCUUCCUCCAAAACAAAGCCUUCAGAUGGUUCCUCUACUACAACACGAACUGGGCAUUCACUGCCAACACCAUGUUUUGGUCCUGGACACACAAGACACACUGCACCUACAGACCCCUGUUCGCUUUUAAGACGGUCGAUCAACCUGUGGUUAUCGGCGGCAACUGGGGCGCGGCGGGGAUGGCGUUUCUCUAUGCGAUCGCCGCCCUCACGCUUGCUCACACUCAGUACAAGCGGGAGAGCAAGAGACUGGAGGCCGAGGUGGAGACGAGCAGCACGGAACACGGUGGUUAA